AGGCGGGGCUUAGGGGGAACUGGCGCAGGCGCACUGGCUCGGCGCGCCAUAAGGGCAGGCAGCGCUCCCUGGAACUGUAAUUGGUGCUGUGGUCCAGUGCUGGGUGCCAUGGAAGGGUUGCUGGCGAGAUGCAGAGUGUUGUCCAGGCUGGCUACCCACAGCCCCCAGCUCUCCAGGUCCUUUCCCCAAAGGUGUCAGCACUGUGCCCCGGGGAGAGGGCAGCGCCUGGUACUGUCCCGAAUGUUCCAGCCACAGAACCUUCGGGAAGACCAGGUGCUGUCCCUGGAGGGCAAGCUUGGCAACCUGAUCUGUAAGAGCCAGCGGCUAAUGCUGCAGGUGGGUCUGAUUCUCCCAGCAAGCCCUGGCUGUUACCACCUCCUGCCCUACACUGUCCGUGCCAUGGAGAAGCUGGUGCGCAUGAUAGACCAGGAGAUGCAGGCUAUUGGGGGUCAGAAAAUCAACAUGCCCAGCCUCAGCCCAGCAGAGCUCUGGCAAGCCACCAGCCGCUGGCAGGUGAUGUACAAGGAGCUGCUGAGGCUUAGAGACAGGCAUGGCAAGGAAUACUGCUUAGGACCAACUCACGAGGAAGCCGUUACGGCCCUGGUUGCCUCCCAGAAGAACCUGUCCUAUAAGCAGCUUCCGUUCCUGCUGUACCAGGUGACAAGGAAGUUUCGGGAUGAGCCCAGGCCCCGCUUUGGUCUUCUCCGUGGCCGAGAGUUUUACAUGAAGGACAUGUACACCUUCGACUCCUCCCCAGAGGCUGCCCGGCAGACCUACAGCCUGGUGUGCGAUGCCUACUGUAGCCUCUUUAACAGGUUGGGGCUGCGAUUUAUCAAGGCUCAGGCAGACGUGGGCAGCAUUGGGGGCACCAUGUCUCAUGAGUUCCAGCUGCCGGUGGAUGUUGGGGAGGACCGGCUUGUCACCUGUCCCAGCUGCAGUUUCUCGGCCAACGUGGAGACUCUAGACUCACUACAGACAAACUGCCCUGCCUGCCAGGGCCCUCUGACCAAAACCAAAGGCAUUGAGGUGGGGCACACAUUCUACCUGGGUACCAAGUACUCCUCCAUUUUCAAUGCCCAGUUUGCCAACACCCAUGGUGAACUGUCCCUGGCUGAAAUGGGGUGCUAUGGGCUGGGUGUGACACGGAUCUUGGCUGCUGCCAUUGAAGUUCUCUCUACAGAAGACUGCAUCCGCUGGCCCAGCCUUCUUGCCCCUUUCCAAGUCUGCCUCAUCCCUCCUAAGAAGGGCAGCAAGGAGGCAGCAGCCACGGAGCUCAUGGAGCACCUGCAUGAUCACAUCGUAGAAGGGGUCCCUCAGCUGCAAGGGGAGGUCCUGCUGGACGACCGUACCCAUCUGACCAUUGGAAACAGACUGAAAGACGCCAACAGAUUUGGCUACCCCUUUGUGAUAAUUGCUGGCAAGAGGGCCCUGGAGGAUCCUGCACAUUUUGAGGUUUGGUGUCAGAACACUGGUGAGGUGGUCUUGCUCAGCAAAGAAGGAGUUAUGGAACUACUGGCCCAAGUGCAGGUUGUCUGAGUGCCCCGUGCUGUCAUUAACACUGCAUUUCCUACCCCUUCCCUGGGCAUUGCUCCAGAAACAGAGCAGCUCAUGAAGGUUACACCAUCAUAGCGGAACCAAUUUUUAUCCAUUCAUUUGCUCACAUUAUUCGUAUUUAAAGUCAUUAACCUGAUCACUUUCUCUGGGCUGGCCAUGCUGCCAUACACCAGUCCUUUGUGGAAGCUUCUUUCAGGAGUCUGAGAGGCAAGAAAGAGACCGGGUUCUAAUCUGGGCCCUUGGCCAAGUCACUUCCCCUCUCCGCUCAGUUUCUCAUGUGUUGGACAGGAAUGGCUGAAGGCCAGGGCUCCCCUCACCGCACCUGUCCCGCCAAAGUCUACCACGAGCCUUGUGUUGCACUCAGUCCAGACAGCAGGGCUGCCAGCCCUCCCCACCAAGAAGCUAAGAAUCAGGAGAUUGCUGCCCUGUUGCAGGCUCAGUUUCCCUAUCUGUAACUUGAGAGAAUAUAACUGGAUCUGUAAAGUCUUCACAGCUCCCCGCAAAGUUAACAGAAUGGCCUGGUGGCCCCAAAAGUGCCUCCAGAGUCCCGGCCCUACUGAGGUGGCUGAAAUGCUGAGAUCAUGUUCUGUUGAUUGAAUAAAGUCAAACUUGGAAUGACCCUUUCGUGUUAAUUUGAAACGAAAUAUUGACUUUUAACAGCACCCAAUGACUUACUGCCUUUCAUUCUUUCUCUGCUAUUUCCACACUCAAAAAGAGGAGGGGCGUGGUUGGAAAAUUGUUUCAAAACCAUUUCUUCUCACAGGUGUUAGGCAGCAGGCUUCCACCAACAGUAACCUUGUCCUGGGUGCAGAGUUGGAUCCCAGAGCCGCAACAGGGGGUGAUUAUUGAGAUCUGUCUCUGAAUUCUGUGAGAAGCUGGCAGCCGGCCUGAGCUACCACCGAAAUGCUCCCUACUUUCAUUCUUCUGCCUGCUAGAUGAGGAACAUAACUGACAUGUCCAAACCUAACGAUCUGUCAAGGCCAAGCCAAAACCACCUGAAACCCUGCCCAAUGGCACCUGGAAGUGAUUCUUCCCUCGGUGCCUUGCACAGCACCGAUCAUACUGCCUUCUCAUUCUGCAGGUUCAGAGUCCGGAGUCUUGUCCAUCAUCAUGAACUCCAGGGGCCGGAGCACAUUCCUAGGGCAUCACAAGGCCCGUCUUGACCAACUGCCCCACCUGUGACACAACUGCCUGACGGCUGUUCCUGCCCCUGCUAAUACUGCUAGUACAGCUUUCUUAGUGACUAUCUACCGGCCCCACAGGGCUACCAGGCCUCCCUUUGGAGCUCCAGAUCCCAUUGAGUCCUUCAGAUUCUCAGGCCUGAGAGCAAGCUUAGAAAGGCCAGAUCACCAGGGAGAGGGGUUCGACCUGACUGCAUGGUGGAAUCACCAGGGUUCCUCACAGAGACUGGUUCCAUGGAAUAUAGCCUGGGUGCGGGGAAGAGUUAAUGUGAGCCGCCACCUCAGGGCCCUUUUUGUUGUUGGGUAUUUCCUUGGGUGGUCAUAGUAGGAUGUUUACAAACUAACGCCAGCUAUCUGCUCUUUUUUUUUUCUUUGAGUUCAUUUUUUAUGUGCAACAUGUGAUUUAUUUUAUUUUAUUUAUUUAAUUUUUUUUUUUGGUACCAGCGAUGGAACCUUGCGUUUGCAAGGCAGGCGGCAGCACCGCUGAGCUAAAUCCACGGCCCAGCUCUCUGCUCUUAACAGUUUAGUUGGGGGCUGCCAUAUGCCACUGUGCUAAGGCACUUACAUACUGUGUCCAGGCCUUGAAACCAUGCAAGCCAGGUACUGUUUUGGAUUUUUUUUUUUGUGGUACCAGGGGAUCGAACUCGGGUCCUUGAGCUUGUGCAGCAGGCAGCGAAACCACUGAGCUAAACCCCCGGCCCCCAGGUGCUGUUAUUUUAUAGAUGAGGACACCUGAGGCUCCCACUAAGCAACUGACUCAAGGAUGCGCUGCUGAUAAAGAGCCUAGAAUCCAGGCAUGGGCCAAACCUGCAUUGCCCACUACACUGCUUAGCCUCUGCCUAGGCCAAGUGGUUUCAAUAAGAAAAACUGAACGUAUGUCUAUCUAAUCGUUAGCCUCAAGUGUGUGAGAAAUUAGAAUUCAUGCAAAUGAUCUUCUUAAUCUUUUUCUUUUACCUUUAAAUGUGUGCCCCAUAAACUUGCUUAUUUAUAGAAGGCUAGCCUAAUGGCACUUUUAAAAACCAGAUGCCAGGAAUAGAAAGCCAGUUCAUUUAAAACUCCAUAAAUGUGCACAUCCUGGGCUAAUUUGAGGAUGAUGUAGAAUCCUGGAACUUGAGAACAGCGAACUUGGAGCCAGCUUCCCCAGCCCUGGAUCACAGAUGGGGAGCAGCCUGGGGCGGGUAGGCACUGCCACUCACUCACCAUCUGAUUGGCAGAGUGCAGGCGGGCACCACGGCCCGCUGCUCAGUCCUGCUGCAGGAAGAGAACAUGGGCUGGUGCAGCCUUCAAGUUGCCAGCACCCCAGAAGCUGCUGAAAUUGGUACCUGUCCCUCUUAAUUUUAUAACAGGAGACAACACAGGAGAACAGGGAUUCACCCAAGGUCAAGCUGAAUGAAACCUUGGCAUCCUGAUCACAAAGCCAGGGUUUCUUCAAGUAGCCAGCAGCAGUGUAAUUUGGGGGUAAGCUCAGAGCCUUGAAGAGACAAUCCUAGAUUCACCAUUUACUGGGGACAUGACCUGAGACAGAUUGCUUGCCCUCUGCUCAUCUCAGAUUCUUCCCUGGUAAAUGCCUGGGCUAAUAGUGCCCACCUUGUAGGGUGCUUUGGGCUGACAGAGUUCACUUAUGUGACAUGCUUGACCCUCCAUUUGCACUUCCCUCCAGGAACUCAGGCAUUGCUGUUAACUUUGUUAUCUCAAGACCUGGAUCUUGUUUUCUUGAUUGGAUGCUUUAUAGCCUUCCUGGGAAAACCAUGAACAAGAAUUGGGUAACACCUGCAGAAUGGAUUCAUCUCAGAGGAAAGAGAAAUAUUCAAUGUACCUUACUUUCUCAUUUCUGAACUUGCUGAUUUUACCUCAUGCCAUAAAUUGAUGAAAUGGGGAUGCUGGC